AUGUACAUUCAUUUAACAUUGUCUUUUUCAGGAAAUAAGUGGGUAUACUCAGAUACCGACCUAGGACCGGAAAACUGGCCGCUGGUCUUCCCGACUUGUGGCGGUAAACAUCAGUCUCCAAUCGAAGUUAUAUCUAAGCAGGUGGUACACGACGAGGAUCUGACAUACUUCCACUUAAACGAACUGAAUAACACCAAUGGCGUGUCGAUGGUUAUAGCGAAUAUUGGCGGAUAUACGGUUGAAAUUUCCGUCAGUGGCAGACCUAUUUACAUUACCGGGGGAGGCCUAGAGGGACGCUACAGACUGAUACAGUUUCACUAUCACUGGGGGUUGAAGAAUCACCGAGGUUCAGAGCAUGUUAUUGAUGAAUGUUAUUUUCCUAUGGAGAUGCACAUCGUUCUAUAUAAUGACAAUUACGCCAAUUUCGCUUCGGCUCUACACAAACCAAAGGGUAUUGCUGUGUUAGCAUUCUUUUACAAGGUUGGUAAAGUAAACAAAGGCAUGUUCCAGAUUACGAAUCACUUCAUGAAUAUCAAGUUCAAAGGACCGGAAAACUGGCCAUUAGUCUUUCCGACUUGUGGAGGUGACCGACAGUCUCCAGUCGAAGUUGUAUCUGAGCUGGUGGAACCAGGCAGAGGCCUAACCGACUUCAACCUCAGUGAACUGAACAACACCAAUGGCGUGUCGAUGGUUAUAGCGAAUACUGGUGGAUAUACGGUUAAAAUUAUCGUCAGUGGCAGUCCUAUUUACAUUACCGGAGGAGGUCUGGAGGGACGCUACAGGCUGAUACAAUUUCACUAUCACUGGGGGUUACAGAAUCACCGAGGUUCAGAACACUGCAUCGAUGGAGGUUAUUUUCCUAUGGAGAUGCACAUCGUUCUGUAUAAUGACAAGUACGCCGACUUCACUUCUGCUAUACACAAGAAUAUGGGUAUUGCUGUAUUAGCAUUCUUUUUCAAGGUUGGCAAAGUAAACAAAAGCAUGCUCCAAAUUACGAAUCACAUCUUGGAUAUCAAGUUCAAAGACAGCAGAAAGCCAAUUGCUGCGUUUCCAAUAUUAUCUUUGUUACCGAAGAAGAUCAAUUCCUGGUUCAGAUAUGACGGCAGCCUGACCACGCCCCCUUGCUCUGAAUCGGUCACGUGGACUUUAUUUAAAGACGAAAUCCACAUUUCAGACGCACAGAUCCAGGAAUUUCGCAAUAUCUUCGAAAACGUUCGAGGACAAGAAAACAGGACUCUAGCUGAUAACUUUAGGCCACUGCAGGCACUAAACAGUCGUAAAGUGUACACCAACCUUCACUUUGAAACAAGUUCUGUUACCACUGAACCCACGACGCAGUAA